AUGCGCAAUUUCAGUUUCUUCCACCGUUUCUCCAAAACCUUCCGUGAUUACGACUCGCAGUUCAAGAUUGUCCUCCUCUGCACCACCGUAAGUGGCGGUGGCCUUUUGGCAUACGGUGAGGCUGUCGCGACGUCUGAAGCGGCGGUACCUGAGAAGAAAAAGGUGUUGGUGCUGGGAACUGGUUGGGCUGGAACAAGUUUCUUGAGGAAUCUUAACGAUCCUCGAUAUGAGGUUCACGUUGUCUCUCCUCGCAAUUAUUUUACAUUCACUCCUCUGCUGCCCAGUGUUACCUGUGGCACCAUCGAGGCUCGCAGCAUUGUUGAACCUGUCCGCAAUAUCUUCAGGAAGAAACAUGUGGACUCUCGAUUCAGUGAAGCAGAAUGUAUCAAGAUUGAUUCAGUAAAUAGAAAAGUUUACUGUCGAGCUGAUAUUAACAAUAAUUCGAAUGAAAAAGAAGAAUUCGUCGUGGACUAUGACUACUUAAUCAUUGCUGUGGGGGCUAAUGUCAACACAUUUAAUACUCCUGGAGUCACGGAGAAUUGUCAUUUCUUGAAGGAAGUUGAAGAUGCGCAGAGGAUAAGAAGAACUGUAAUUGACUGCUUUGAGAGGGCAAGUUUGCCAAGUGUAAGUGAUGAAGAAAAAAAGAGAAUUCUUCAUUUUGCUAUUGUUGGAGGUGGUCCAACUGGAGUGGAGUUUGCAGCAGCACUUCAUGAUUUUGUCAGUGAGGAUUUGGUCAAAUUAUAUCCCGGGGUAAAAGAUUUAUUUAAAAUUACCCUUCUGGAGGCUGGAGGUCAUAUCUUGAGCAUGUUUGACAAAAGAAUAACAGCUUUUGCUGAAGAUAAGUUCCGAAGAGAUGGUAUUGAUGUGAAAACAGGAUCCAUGGUUGUGAAGGUAUCUGACAGAGAAAUUUCCACUAAAGAAAUGAAAAGUGGAGAAAUGACUUCAAUUCCAUAUGGAAUGGCUGUCUGGUCAACUGGUAUUGGCACUCGUCCAUUCAUAAAAGAUUUUAUGACACAAAUUGGUCAGAUUAACAGACGUGCCGUUGCUACUGAUGAAUGGUUAAGAGUUGAGGGAACCAAUAAUGUGUAUGCGCUUGGUGAUUGUGCUACAAUAAACCAGCGAAAAGUCAUGGAAGAUAUUGUGGCAAUAUUUAAGAAGACGGAUGCAGACAACUCAGGAACAAUUACGCUAAAAGAAUUUCAGGCGGUAAUGGAUGACAUCUUUGAAAGAUACCCUCAGGUGGAGCUAUUCCUAAAGAAUAAACAGAUGCGCGGCAUUGCCGAUCUUUUGGAAGAAUCCAAAGGAGAUGUUGAAAAAGAAUCUAUUGAAAUUAAUAUCGAAGAACUCAAAACUGCACUUUUCAAUGUGGACUCGCAGAUGAAAUUUCUUCCUGCUACAGCUCAGGUUGCAUCUCAGCAAGGAGCCUACCUGGCCAAGUGUUUUAACCGGAUGGAAGAGUGUGAAAGAAAUCCAGAGGGUCCUAUUAGGUUCAGGGGAGAAGGUCGUCAUCGGUUCAAACCCUUCAGGUACAAGCAUUUGGGUCAAUUUGCUCCUCUGGGAGGAGAGCAGACAGCUGCACAGCUACCUGGAGAUUGGGUUUCAAUUGGACACAGUAGUCAAUGGUUGUGGUAUUCUGUCUAUGCAAGCAAGCAAGUCAGCUGGCGCACAAGGGCAUUAGUGGUAUCAGACUGGAUGAGACGCUUUAUUUUUGGGAGGGACUCGAGUCAAAUCUGA